AUGACAAGGAAGCUAUGUUCAGAAUGUGAAUUUUAUAUUUAUUGCAACUUUGCCUUUACACAUAUUAUUUUGAGCGAAAACUACAAGUUGGUUAAGGAGCAGUUGAAACCUGUAAAUAGUUUGUACAAAUUGAAAAAAUGGAUAGAAGACCGUGGUCUGAAACAAGCUGAUGUUACUCAUGCUCCAAGACCAAAUGCUGAACAGAUGAUCUUGACUCUUGGACUGUCAAAUUUCUUUCGUAUUGUAGUUCUUGGAAGUAACUGUGAACAUGCUAAACCAUUUCCAGACGCCUAUUCGAAAGUGUUUGAAAUUCUCAAUGUCUUCCAGGAUAACACAUUUGUAUUUGAGGAUUCUGUUUCAGGAAUAAAAGUCAGGGUUGCUUCGGGGAUGUCCGUUAUUGGCUUCACAAUAGGAAAUCUGGCACACUUGUUGAUGGAAGCAAAUCCUGCUUUUCUAAUUAAAGAUUAUGAAGAUCCAAAGCUUUGGAAGAGCUUCAUCGAAUUGGAGAGCAUAAUACGAUGUGGCGAAGAAGUAGAUGAUGACAUGAAAAACAUUAUUGUGAUUGAGUUACUUUAUCUCGAUGCGGUUAAUCCGCAUCCUACUAAGGAAGGUGCAAUGGCUGUGGAGAAGCUCAUCCAAAAUAUUGAGACCUCACUAAAAGUCGAGCAGUAG